AUGCUUCUGAUUCAACUCCCAGACAAACAAGGAAGUAUGCGCGAAGAUAGGGUUAGUCCCUGCGGCAGGCAUUAUCCGGGAACGAUUAUCCAGGAACUUACAGAAGGAACCCAGGAGAAUGUUCAAAGCGAUAAGAGAACAGGUCUUUUCAGAGAAGCUCUUGCCACUCUUCUGUUAGAGCUCUUUAGUCCCAUUCCUAACAACAGGGCACUAGCAACUGGGAACAAGGGAAACACCAACUCCCAACUUCCCUAG